CUGUCAGAGUAACUUUUUGUCAUGUUUUGUCCUUAUAGCUCUUGAGAUUGCUUUACUCACACAUAUCUAACCCUUAUUCAUGACUCACUUAUUUACCCGCAGUGAAAUAUGUGGGGAGUGUUAAUGUUUUCUUUCUAAAGCUAUACAGGAAUUUGUUCUUCGGCCCUGGUGAUAACCGGAUUUGGAUAUAGGGUGGUCCUUGAAGAUUGCAAUUUUACAACCCCACAUCCUUUUUUGUGUUUUUACCUUUUUGUCUUUCAAAAUCUAAAAUCGACCAAAUUUUAAUGCUCAGAAUUUUGCACUCCCACCUGGUGUGUGAAGACAGAAGAUUUUUUUUAUUAUUCCUAUCCCCCCCCGGAUCUUCAACACCUAGCCAGAGGAUUUUUUUUUUUUUGUCUUUGACCCCACCCUUAUCUCCAAUUUUUCUCCAAAUUUCUCAUUAUUAAAAAAAAAAGAAAGAAAAAAAGGACUUAACCACAAACAACCACUUGUUACAAAGCAGUCUUAAGGGAGAACAAGGCUCUCAGUGAAGAAUACCUGGCCUCUUUGGCCACUCUCUCAUCCCUUUACAAUUCUUACUCAUCGGUCAAGUGUUCCUUCAGGACGUUUAAAGCUUGGAGCCAGCCCUGAAGAAGUGUACCCGGAGCCACCUGACACACUCCAGGGAGACUCCAACGGGCACUGAAGCAGUACUGAAGAGUUCCUGAUCUGUAAGGUUAAUCCCUAGCUGUGAGGAGUAUGACCAAUCAAGGAGAUGACUGCUAUUUCUUCUACUACUCUACAUGCACCAAGGGUGAUAGUUGCCCCUUCAGACAUUGCGAGGCUGCCAUGGGUAGUGAAACUGUCUGCAGCCUUUGGCAGGAGAAUCGCUGUUUUCGCAACGUAUGCAAGUUUCGCCACAUGGACAUAAAGAAAAACCGCAAAGAAAUUGCUUGCUACUGGGAAAACCAACCAAGCGGCUGCCAGAAAACACACUGUGCUUUUUAUCACGAGAAGGCACGUUUCAUCGAUGGACUAUUUGUUCCCGCAAAUAAAGGGCCAGUUGUGUGGAAGGAAAAAGAGGAAGAGAUUCCAAAGGAGGACCUAAUUCCAUCUGUUCCAGCCCCAGUUUCCACCGCCACCAACCCACAGCUGAGAGGAGUCAUAAAGGCUGAAAAUCAAGAAAGUGUCCCCAGUCCUACACACCCACCGGUGGUAAUAAACCCCGUCGAUGACGAAGAUGAUGAAGAUGAUCAGUUCUCUGAAGAGGGAGAUGAUGCUUCUGGUGUCUCUCCUAGGAAGGUUCUAAAUAAAGGUAACAAAGAUGAUUCACUUAACUUUGGUGUCAAAACCUUGGAAGAAAUUAGAUUGGCAAAGGCACUGAAGGGCAGUCUUAAUAGAGCUGAGCCUCCGUUUUUGCAAGGAUCUGAUGGCUUCACGUCAAUCAAGCAGCGCCGCAUUGGAACUGAGAUGGAAAACAUUCGGUCUGUUUUACAGCCAGCUGUUGACAUGACCAAGAUUGAUCCUUCUGUCUUUGAGGAACCUGGAAAAAGAAAAGUUACAGAAAGGCUUGGAAUAAAAUUUAACAGAGAAAACAAUCUCAUGGAAGAUGGUCCUAAGCUGAGAGGGGCCCUUGCUAAGCGUCUUGGCGGUUUUGUUGAUUCGCCUGAGGAGCAAACCGACCUGCCUCCUCAGAAACUUCUGAGACCGGUGCAUGAAAGACUCGGAAUAAACUCGGACCUCGCUGCCCCCAAGUCGCCCAACACCGAGCCUUCCGGCGAGAUUCGGAUCAAAACUCUCGAGGAGAUUCGACAGGAAAAGGCCGCCAAGUCUCAGAUUCAACAUCAAGGUGCCAGAGUUGUCACAGAGGUGUCCGAAAAUCCGUCGAGCCCCCCGAAAAGAGGGAACAAGCCCGCGGUGGGAUCUCGAAUAAAGACCUUCUCUGAAAUCCUGCACGAGAAAAAGAAACUCCAGGAGGAAAAGGUGUCUCAGGAAGACGGUUCUAGUCCUAAAGGAAUCGAAAGCCCCGCAAACGCUGGAGUGGAAAAAGUGGCUGCCCAAGAGGGAGAGGUUAGAGUGAAGACGCUUGAGGAAAUUCGCAGGGAAAAGGCUGCAAGAAUGCAAGCACAGGAUCAAGAGUCCCAGAAUUCCACCAGUGAUCAGGGUGCAGAAAAGGGAAUUCUUUGCAUUGGCAAAAAUUCAGCUACCAAUAGCAGUUCUCAGAAGCAGCCACAAGAUUCAGGGACGAGAGCGGAUUGUGUUGAAGUGUCUGUUGUAGCUAACGGUAAAAGCGACCUCUCCAGCCAAGCUGUGACCGUAAAGAGCUUCGAGGAGAUCAUGCGAGAGAAAAGACUCCGUAAGCAACAGGAUGAGCAGGCUGCAUCUGCCGUCAUACCAGAACAAGCUGCCCAGAAACCAAGCCCAGCCGUUUCAGUAGAGAAGCCGACGACUAUCGGAGCGCGAAUAACCCCACCGGCAGCAUCCGGAUCGGACGCAGAGUCUUCGAACCAAGCCAGAGCGCCUGCACGACUGCGUCUUGGUGUUAAACGUAGAGCACUUUCUCCUGAAUCGCAAAGCACGGCAGCCAAGGAUGAUGUCACAAGUCCAAAGACAUCUGUGGAAUCAGAAGUGGUAGAAGCUACUACAGAAAUCCAUACAGAGAAACCACUGGCGGAGAACACGCCAGCAGCUUCCAAGACGUCUCCAAGCAAAGCAGCAGAAAAAGUGAGGCCCAAGCUGAACGUUAAGCCAUCAGUGAUGAAACCGGCAGCUCAGGUGAUACCCGGCCAGAAAAGGAAAGCUUCGGGAAGCUCCGCCGUCGCCGCCGUGAAACCUCUCAAUGCCAACCCCGAAUCUGAACCACUUCCAAAGCGCAUAACAACCUGCAGCUCAGAAGCUGAAGCCAGUACCCAACAGGUGGCGAAUCCUGCCGAGCAGAGCGUCAGCCUUACCAGCAAAACUACUACCUCAGGGAAUGAGCCUCCUUCUGUCCAACACAGCCCUGUCGUUAGAACCCCCUCUCAGAGCCGGUUGCGUCGAGCUAGCCAUAACCCGGCAGGAAUUUCAUCCACAAAGGACGACUUUGAAGACCUGCUGGAUGAAUUCACCGAUGACAAACUGGACGGCGAGAUCGAGCUGGAUCCGGGGAAAGGCGAGGACGACCUUCUGUUGGAGCUCUCCGAGAUGAUCGGCUAGAGCGAGGCUCAGAGCUCAGUUACCGAACCACAUUAGGCUCUGGGUGUCCCAACCUUAAGCCACUGCGUUCUGGAACUGGGAAUGGACUGUAACCAAAAUUUUAAAACACCUGACUUUACUUUAUUUGGAUCAGGAUUAUUUAGCUUUGCAUUUUAAACCUGAAAAUCAAUGGAUUUUAAUUUGUUUUCUCCCGACUGUUCUGUUCAUGAUUCAUAUGUUACGUUUCUGCAUAUUGUAAACGUUUUUCGACGGCUGUUGGCGAGAUCUCACUUGUUUUUAAAUUGUAAAUCCAGUUUGAUGGAUAAUACAAGAGUACUGGCCCCGAAUCAUGACGUUAAUGCAGGAAGUGUUCAUUUGUAUACUGUGUAUGCUUUGGCGAGCUUUUUGUUGAAAGACAUGAGCAAUACCUUAAUUAUUUCUCACUGUUAUGUACAUUUUCUUAUUAAACAAAGCGGUAACCAUUGUCGGUUGCAGAAGUAUCCACUACUUGGGUCAGUACUUGGUUGAAUCACCUUUGGCUGCAAUUACAGUAGCAGGUUUUGCUGUUUUAGCCACACACAUUACUAACAGAUGUGUAUAUAUUUACGUAUUAUUUUUGUUAUUUCCCAAAAUGGACAGUUCAACAGAAUUGCUUCGAGAGCAUGUUUGAUAAUCAAGUCACCAUAUAACAGAAACUGUAGGCUUUACCCGCCUCAGAUUACGUCAGCAUUAUCAUUUCACUAUUAGAAAAAGACAAAACGAGUACAAAUGAUAUCCAAGGGAAGGUUGCCAGGUGGAAACCGCCAACCUAUAGAAAUGUAAAGGAUAUAAAGGGUGUAUUUGAAAUAUUUAUGGAUCUUAGUAUAGAAGCAUUAUACCAGCUUGAGUAACUUGGUGGUGAUGGUGUAAUGGAGUGUAAAUACCUUUCUGCGUCCGGGCCUGGCGUCUUACCAUAACCGUCCACCGUUAUUUUUACUUUCUAACACAAAAUCCUGAGUUGGAAUGUCCACAUUUGGUUGUUGAUCCUGGAAAGCCCUCUGAUGUGGCUGAAUUUAACCACCGAGGUGAAAUGCCAAAAUUCUCCCCUGGUGAUGUAACAGACUGCUUUCCGGUUAUCAGGAGUAUUCGAUUACAGUAGUUGCUGCUAAAGGUGGCACAACCAGUUAGGCUUGUUUUUUUUCCUGCAAUAAAUGGUGAUUUAAAACUG